CAUGAAGUUCAUGUUUACUUCUCAUGUAUGUUUUGUGGCUACUGUGUUUCAACAGUUGCUUGCAGUAUAGUACCAAAGUCAUUUUCUUAUCCCAAAGACAUUUGCCACGUAAGCUCUGCAAGAUAAGUAUGGAAUCAAAUAAUAACCCAUCCGACAAUGCUACAUAUAGUUCAUGGUCUGUUAUAAAAUCAAGGAAAAGAAAACAAACAGAUGUUGAAAUGGCAGACAAAAAUAGUAGACCAUAUUUUCCUCCUGCAAAAAAAGCUUUAUUGGCAGGUAAUGCAGAAAUGAGUAAAAUUCCUGUUCCACCUAAUCGUCAAUCUCCUUUAAAAGCUAACUGGGCGAAAAUAUUUACUACAGUUGUUCAACAUUUACACUUAAAUAUUAGAUUUAACUUAAAGACCAGGAUGGUUGAAAUAAAGACAUGCAAAGAAACUAAAGAUAUUUCUGCUCUUCGGAAGGCAUCUGAUUUUGUUCAGGCUUUCGCCUUAGGAUUUGAAGUAGAGGUAAGACUUAACAAUCUUUCAUAA